UAUUAGAAACCUUUCCCCGCAUCUGAUCUUUAGCUUGUGCUCUUCUUUUUCGAACCACUGGGUCGGAUCAUGACCACCAAAAAUUAUUCGCUGCUCACUCCUGUGACGGCAUAUUUUGGGCCAGUCAGCUUUUCUGACUCCACGGAAUGUCAUACUUUGGAUUUUUUGAAGCAUGCAGAUGAUGGGCAUGUUGAGUUUGUUGAGGGGAAGGUAGAUGAUGGGUCUCUAUCAAGUUGGGUUGAGAAGCCAGUUGAGUCGCAAAGGUCCGGCCAGCGGAUCUCGCAAGGUCUUCGAAUACUAGUCAUACCCCAAACAUGGAUGGAAGAACGAGGGAUCGUACUUUCAAUCACCGCAAACUCAUUGGCCGCGGUCAUCAGGCAUUUCACUUUGCCAGAGAAAUGCAUUGACCUUCUGGUAGAGCUUACUUUGCCAGCGUGUAUAUACCCGACAGUCAAGAAAGGGCGUGAUUCUUCAGGACUACUUAUGUUCAAUGGAAGUAGUAAUUUGACAGGCUCAAGGUUCUUCAAACUCGCCUUGAAGUACGCCCCAGAAAAUAAUUUCACUUACGGUAUCCUUCUCCUCGACAAUGACACCCUUCCCGACCUUUUAUCUUGGGGAAAGUCUCCCCAUUCGGACACCGAAACGUGCCUCCUUCCAUUCCUGCUGCCCAUCUACGUCAUCGGAGAGAAUCUCAAACAAGGCCGGCGUGGUAUUGUCGGACAGGACAGCCGAGUGAACCGUAUCCAAGAGGCGACUGGUCAAUUCCUUCCCACUGAGAACUACCCGUUACCGCAAAUUGAUCUUCAGAAACUCGACUAUACGGAUUUGACUCGCCAGCUCAACUUCUCGGGUGAUGUGACUUCGAGUCAAAUCUUCUUGCUGAAAGGCUUGUCUGCUGCUCUUAAAGUCCUCGGGAACUGGAAUACGAUGCUUGCAAGCUGUCACUCAGAAGGCCGUGAGAGAGAAACGGUUUCCCAAGGGCAGAGCCUUGUGCGCCAGAAGCUCGAAUACAUUCAGGCUGGAAUCGAUGCAGCGCUCAUGCAUGGUGAACAUGUGCAGAGAAGAACAGAGGCGUUUCGCCAGCUUGUAUGUCUUCCUAGCAACUCAUACACAAAAUUCGUUUUCAUAAACACCCUCGCCUUUGUUCUGCAGCAUAGGAGGGAAUAGGUUGUUGACAUUAGAUACCAUGUUCAGGUGUAUCAACUCAUGGCUCAGAAAGACUCACACACAAACAUCACAAUCGCCACCAGCUCAGCCGAAAUCGCCAAAGCGUCAAAAGAAGACAGCGCCGUGAUGCGGCAAAUCGCUCUGGAUACAAAACGAGAUAGCUCUGCGAUGAAGACGAUUGCGACUUUGACAAUGUUCUUCCUGCCUGGGACGUUUAUUGCCGCAAUAUUCGCCAUGCCCGUCCUCGAAUGGGGAGACAGCCGGACACCAACCAUCAAGAACGGAUUCAAGCAGUAUUGGAUCGUCACACUGCCAUUGACACUUCUCGUUUGCAUCUUAUGGGCAGCGGUUAUCUUCUUACCGUGGAGGAGCUGGCUGACCUCGGGAAAGGAUGAGAAGCCCAAGAAGACACUGCAGCAGCAGAACUCUGAUAAUAAUCGACCUAGACGGAGAAGCUGUUUGGGGUAUCUUGGGUGGAUGAUUGGUUUUAUAUGUGGGUCGAUUUUGGGGACAAGGUCGAGACGAGAAAAGAGGGGAGAUGAGGAGGGGGUGAGACCUCAGGUGGGGAUGAAAGAUGAGGUGAGGGCGAAUGAUGGGGUUAGGAUAAACGAUGACCAGGAACGAUGACUGUAACAUAUUGAAGGUAGCAUUGAAUGGCUGUAAUUUCAAGUAUUUCGGAAUCCGAAGAGUGGAGGUUGAGUGGUCGUGCUGUGGAGAAGCAGUUGGCAGUAAGUAAUGGUACCCUAGCGUGGAGGCAUCAGCUCUCACUUGAAGAUACCCCGCCACUGUAUGCCUAAACAAGAGUGGUCAGUUAUGGAUAUAGAGAAGUAGAGUGUAAGACAGACAGGAUAAUACGCAAAGGUGGAAGAGCAAAGAGUCUUGAGAUGACCUCAAAAUAUUGG